UUUCUUUUUUGACGCUCUCGGGCAUCCGUAGACAUUUCAGGAAGAAACACAAAGUAGCAACGUUAGCGCAACUUUAUCAUGAGACAUCUUUUUAUGCAGGUCAUGAAGUAAAACCAAAAGCCCAACCAUUACAAUGACGACUUGUGCCGGCCACCGCUCCGUCUUUGAUUUGUGCCCAAAUGAUGAGGCUUUGAUUGGACUGAGAGAAGUGAACCCGAAGCAGGCUGGAACCCCUCACCAAGCCUCGGACGAGUUGAAUGAUAAAUCCCCAGAGGAUGACAGACAGCAGGAGUCCAGCCUGGUUAGAGAGGUGUCAGAGAAGAUGGUCUGCUCAGCCUGCAGAUGCCCCUUUAAUACUCGUGAGGAACAGAUGGAGCACUACAAGCUCGACUGGCAUCGGUUCAAUCUAAGACAAAAGAUUUCAGGGAUGCCACCAGUCACAGCUGAGGAGUUUGAGAGGAAGACCGGAGCUGGAGACAUGUCAAGCAUCUCAGGCUCAGAGUCUGAUUCAGAGGAGGAAGACUCGGAUAGUGACGGCGGGGGGACAAGCAGCAAUGUCACCGGCACAGAUAACGAGAGCUCAGAUCAAACCAGUUCAAUUAUCGGCCGGCUGUCGACCAAGGUUGUUUUCCAGAACUCAGCAGGACAGUAUCUAUCGGUCUACCGCAGCAUUCUGCAGGGAAAGUCAGAUGAUGAGCAAGACACCGUAUCCUCCCUGAAGUGCAUAAGUAAGAAGACUGUGUGGGUCAUUCUCAUGACAGGUGGAGGCCACUUUGCUGGUGCUGUCUUCCAAGGAAAAGAGGUCAUUCAGCACAAGACCUUCCACCGAUACACAGUGCGAGCGAAGCGAGGCACUGCUCAAGGACUCCGAGACUCUCAGAACCGCAGUCACAUGCCCAAGUCUGCAGGAGCUGCUCUGAGGCGAUACAAUGAGGCAGCACUAGUCAAGGACAUUCAGGAUCUUCUUGCAAGCUGGGCUGAACACUUGAAGCAGGCCUCUGCAAUAUUUGUACGAGCCUCUAGAUACAACAAAACUAUCUUCUUUGGUGGCCGUGCACCUCUGCUUGACAAAAAAGAUCCCAGGUUCCAUACACUUCCCUUUGCCACACGCAGGGCAACCUUUCGAGAGGUACAGAAGGUACAUGAGGUGCUUUCCACCAUCCAUGUUUAUGGGAAAGACACAGACAUGUCUGCAGUCUUCAGUCCAUUAAAGAAGACCUGGAAAAAAACUGCCAAAACCACAGCACAAAUAAAUACAGAUCAAGAGAAAGCAGAAGAAAACCACGAUAGCUCAGACAAAGAAGAAGGUGGGGAGAUUCAGCUGGAGAUGGUGGAGAUGACAAUAGGAACUCUGGACCUCAGGGAGUCUGAAAUAUUUCCCUCCAUGCACAGAAGGAGGAGGAGGAGAAAUGAGGAAACCAAAAUGCAAAAUGAAAAUAGGCCCCGUCCACUGUGUCAUCACAUAGAAUUGAGUAACACAGAAGCAGACAAUCAGGAAGAGGAGGUGCCAGAGGCUACAGUAGCAGGAGACGCCCCUCAAGAGACGCAAUCAAAGAACAAGAGGAAGAGGAAAGCACAGAGUAAGAAACAACUGGAAGAAAUUGUUGAUGAAUCAUGGGAGUAUGCCCAGAGGGACGCCCUGUUUACAGCCUGUAAGGUUGGGGAUGUGGACGCUCUAUGCAGACUCCUCCAGCUACCUGGAGAAACAGCAGAGAGUCGUGAGCGGUCGGAGAGCAACCCUUCUGAUGUCUUAAGUCCUCUAACUCUCCUUAAUAAGCCCAUAGACUCAUCAGGGUUCACUUUGCUGCAUGUUGCCUCAGCAGCUGCACAAAAGGCAGUGGUCAGGCUGCUCCUGGAUGCAGGAGCAGACCCAGCCUGCAGGGAUAACAGAAAGCAGACUCCGUAUAUUGUCGCCCCUGACAAAGACACAAGGAAUGUCUUUCGUAAAUACAUGGGUGAGAAUCCUGACAAAUAUGACUACAGCAAGGCGCAGGUCCCCGGGCCACUAACAGCAGAGAUUGAAUCCAAACAGACGGAAAAGAAAAAGACACAAAAGGCAUUGAGAAGACAGCGCGAAAAAGAGCAGAGGGAGGAAAAGAGAAAACAAGAGCUGGAGGCAGAGGAAAAGAAGAGGUUCGCAUCUCUGACUGAUCGUGAAAAGAGAGCUCUGGCAGCAGAGAGGAGAUUAGCGGAGCAAGUAGCUGCAACAGGAAUCAGCCUCUCUAAUCUCAAGAGGUGCUGGCUGUGUGGAGAGUCUCUGCUUGGGAAGAUCCCAUUUCAGUACCUGGAGUAUUCAUUCUGCACCCCUCGCUGUGUCCAAGCACAUCGAAAAGCCACUACUCUUCCAGACAAGACCUAAUGCACAUGUGGAAAAUGUCACUUGAAAGGAAGCUACCUCAUAAGAACUAAAAGUCAAUUUAUGCGGCCUAGAUGGGUAGAUGGAAGUCUAAUAUGGUUGUCUUUUGCCAAUGUGCUAGUUUCAUUUUCAACAUACAUUUUAAAUAUAAUUUUAAUAUAGCAGAUUAUCUUAGACAACUGGAUGCAUAUACAGUAUUAAAACAUUUUAAUAAUAAUGUUUAAUAAAUGUAUCAUUUAUUCACAGUAUCUGCAGUUACGGAAAAGGUAAAAAAGCAAACGCAAUAAAAAAAUUAAUACAACUUG